UGCUGUGAGGCAAGAGCGCUAACCACUGCGCCACCGUGCAGCCCCUAUUUAUUUAAAUGUUUGUUUUUAAAAUUGGCUGUCUGUUAGGCAGCCUGUUGCCUAAAUUAACCUUUUGGAAGGCCCUUAACCUGACGGGUUCCAGGAACCCUCUUUGGUUUUCUAUUGUAGCUCUGUGUUGGUGGAACCUGCUGGUCUUUUCUCUGACGUUAGAAGUUUCCUCCAACACAAACUGAUUUGGUUUUGGAGCAAGAAAGUGAUCUGCAGCAGCUCUGGCUGGAUCCUGUAGAGGACGCCUCAAAGCAGCAUUCAGAAAUUCAAACAUCAAACAUGCCACAUGCUUAGAUCCUGGGGGGUGGGGGGCUUGUGGCGGUUUGCUAAAAAAUGACAUCACUGUGACAUCAGACAUGUCACAUGCUUAGAGCCUGUGGGGAGGUGGGGGCUUGUGGCGGUUUGCUAAAAAUAGACAUCACUGUGACAUCAGACAUGUCACAUGCUUAGAGACAGUUACAUGACAUCAGACAUGUACGCAUCAUCAUCUUUAGUCCUUAAAUAGACCCCAGAAAGCAUUCUUUCUCAUUGCCCGUUUGGUUUUACCAGUGAGCACACGUUCUGUUCCCCAGCUACUAGAAGCCUUGCAUUCCCGUCAAGCGUCUUCCACUUCCCCUGAGGAACACGCAGUUUUUUUUCUCAUAUCACAAAAAACUGCAUCUAUUUUACUUUUGACGAGGACAUUUUCAAUAUUUUCAUAACUCUAAAGAAAAUCACUGAAAAUGUUCUUACGCCGUCUCAGAGACUCUGGGGUUGAGGAGAGCUCCCUCAAACAGAAUCUCUCUGAUCUGGAAACUAAAGUCCAGGAAAUCACUUCAAUGACCAGCCAGCUGCAAACCCUCGCCGCUGAGCUGGAAGGCAAGAAAAGCCUCAGAGGAGCCUACGCUGGACUUUCCCAGGCAAAGAAAUCAGCCUCCAAACUUGCCAAGCAGCUGGAAAAAGACUUGCAACGUGUCACCAAGAAAAUCCAGGCCCAAAAACCCCUGGAGGACCGUUGCAAGAAACAGCAGCAAAAAAUUAAUCUCCUGACUGAGAGCAAUGCCAACCUCAAGGCAAAUCUUCAGGAGCUCCAGAUGAGAGUCUGGGAUCCUGAAGAGUUGUCCAGUGAGUUAAAGAAAACCAAGCUCACAGUCAAAGCUCUAAGUCAGGAGAACCAAGAGCUGCAGAAAGAGGUUCAAAGGGUCCAAACCACCAUCGUGGCUCUAGAACCUCAAGAAAAGCUGCUGAAAGAGACUAGAGACCACCUCCAAACACUGCAGGAGAAAAACCUUGAUCUUCAGAACCAGCUGAAAAACCUCCAGAGACAUCAUGAGGAGGAGGCAGCACUGAAACAACAUUAUGCCUCCAGCCUGGACCAAACCAAGUUUCUGGAGGAGCAGAACUCCAUCCUGGACUCUGAAAUCCUUCAUCUUACUCUGCAGUGUGAGGAGGCUAAACCAUGGAUUCAGCACUUCCACGAGGUCACCACUGACCUCCAGGGACUGAAACAAGCCAAUUCUGAACUCAUGGAAAAACGGGACCACCUUAAAAAGGAGCAGGAACAAGUCUCCAAAAGAAAACAAGAGUAUCUCCAAGCAAAAACACAUUCCCUUCAUCUGGAAAAGCAAAAGGAAAACAUUUCUAAAGAAGUCAAAGACCUCCAGGAGAACCUUAAAAAAGAGCAAGGACAAGUCUUCCAAUUGGAAAAACAACAUUUCAAAGCAAAAUCUGAAGUUCUGAAAUGGGAAAAGGAAAAGCAAAAUAUCAUCAAAGAAAUGGAAGAAAUUCAGGAGAAACGGAAAAACCUGGCUGAAGGAAAAGACAAAUUGGCUGCAAUAAAAGCCAAUCAGAGAACCGCCAUCGACGAAAAGAAAGCGCUCACCUCCAAGCUAACGGCCCAAAGAGUGGCGCUCUACAAAGAAAAGGCAGGCUUCCGUGGAGACAAUGGCUUUUCUGCUGACCUUCUGGAACACAAGUGCAAAGAGGAAACUGAUCGCCUCCAGGCUCAGCAAGAACAAAAUGCUGUUCUACAAGAAGUGCUUUUGGAGAUCCAGAAAAAAGUUGAGAAAGACUCUGAAAUGACUCUCCAGUUCUCCUCUCUGAAAGAUGAAAAAAAGGCUCUGGAGAGAGAAGUCAACAGCCUCAAGCAAGCGAUCAUGAUGCUGUCUCAGGAAUAUAAGGACUUCAGGCAGAAGGCUGAACACUUAGCUAGGAUAGACAAAGCCUCAAAGUACGCAGAACAACCACCCAACGCUGUUUUGAGGCCCCCAAGAGCUCCAGCCAGAGCUGCCGUUCCUGUGUUGGAGGAACCUCCUGCCAUGACAGAAAACACCAACAGGUUCCACCAACAAAGAGCUGCACUCAGAAACCAUCAGGGUGCCGUACCAAAGAGGGUUCCAGGAACCCGGAGGAAUCUCUCUGAUCUAGAAACUAAAGUCCAGGAAAUCACUUCAAUGACCAGCCAGCUGCAAACCCUCGCCGCUGAGCUGGAAGGCAAGAAAAGCCUCAGAGGAGCCUACGCUGGACUUUCCCAGGCAAAGAAAUCAGCCUCCAAACUUGCCAAGCAGCUGGAAAAAGACUUGCAACGUGUCACCAAGAAAAUCCAGGCCCAAAAACCCCUGGAGGACCGUUGCAAGAAACAGCAGCAAAAAAUUCAUCUCCUGACUGAGAGCAACGCCAACCUCAAGGCAAAUCUUCAGGAGCUCCAGAUGAGAGUCUGGGAUCCUGAAGAGUUGUCCAGUGAGUUAAAGAAAACCAAGCUCACAGCCAAAGCUCUAAGUCAGGAGAACCAAGAGCUGCAGAAAGAGGUUCAAAGGGUCCAAACCACCAUCGUGGCUCUAGAACCUCAAGAAAAGCUGCUGAAAGAGACUAGAGACCACCUCCAAACACUGCAGGAGAAAAACCUUGAUCUUCAGAACCAGCUGAAAGACCUCCAGAGACAUCAUGAGGAGGAGGCAGCACUGAAACAACAUUAUGCCUCCAUCCUGGACCAAACCAAGUUUCUGGAGGAGCAGAACUCCAUCCUGGACUCUGAAAUCCUUCAUCUUACUCUGCAGUGUGAGGAGGCUAAACCAUGGAUUCAGCACUUCCACGAGGUCACCACUGACCUCCAGGGACUGAAACAAGCCAAUUCUGAACUCAUGGAAAAACGGGACCACCUUAAAAAGGAGCAGGAACAAGUCUCCAAAAGAAAACAAGAGUAUCUCCAAGCAAAAACACAUUCCCUUCAUCUGGAAAAGCAAAAGGAAAACAUUUCUAAAGAAGUCAAAGACCUCCAGGAGAACCUUAAAAAAGAGCAAGGACAAGUCUUCCACUUGGAAAAACAACAUUUCAAAGCAAAAUCUGAGGUUCUGAAAUGGGAAAAGGAAAAGCAAAAUAUCAUCAAAGAAAUGGAAGAAAUUCAGGAAAAACGGAAAAACCUGGCUGAAGGAAAAGACAAAUUGGCUGCAAUAAAAGCCAAUCAGAAAACCGCCAUCGACGAAAAGAAAGCGCUCACCUCCAAGCUAACGGCCCAAAGAGUGGCGCUCUACAAAGAAAAGGCAGGCUUCCGUGGAGACAAUGGCUUUUCUGCUGACCUUCUGGAACACAAGUGCAAAGAGGAAACUGAUCGCCUCCAGGCUCAACAAGAACAAAAUGCUGUUCUACAAGAAGUGCUUUUGGAGAUCCAGAAAAAAGUUGAGAAAGACUCUGAAAUGACUCUCCAGUUCUCCUCUCUGAAAGAUGAAAAAAAGGCUCUGGAGAGAGAAGUCAACAGCCUCAAGCAAGAGAUCAUGAUGCUGUCUCAGGAAUAUAAGGACUUCAGGCAGAAGGCUGAACACUUAGCUAGGAUAGACAAAGCCUCAAAAAAAUCACUGAAAAUGUUCUUACGCCGUCUCAGAGACUCUGGGGUUGAGGAGAGCUCCCUCAAACAGAAUCUCUCUGAUCUGGAAACUAAAGUCCAGGAAAUCACUUCAAUGACCAGCCAGCUGCAAACCCUCGCCGCUGAGCUGGAAGGCAAGAAAAGCCUCAGAGGAGCCUACGCUGGACUUUCCCAGGCAAAGAAAUCAGCCUCCAAACUUGCCAAGCAGCUGGAAAAAGACUUGCAACGUGUCACCAAGAAAAUCCAGGCCCAAAAACCCCUGGAGGACCGUUGCAAGAAACAGCAGCAAAAAAUUAAUCUCCUGACUGAGAGCAAUGCCAACCUCAAGGCAAAUCUUCAGGAGCUCCAGAUGAGAGUCUGGGAUCCUGAAGAGUUGUCCAGUGAGUUAAAGAAAACCAAGCUCACAGUCAAAGCUCUAAGUCUGGAGAACCAAGAGCUGCAGAAAGAGGUUCAAAGGGUCCAAACCACCAUCGUGGCUCUAGAACCUCAAGAAAAGCUGCUGAAAGAGACUAGAGACCACCUCCAAACACUGCAGGAGAAAAACCUUGAUCUUCAGAACCAGCUGAAAAACCUCCAGAGACAUCAUGAGGAGGAGGCAGCACUGAAACAACAUUAUGCCUCCAGCCUGGACCAAACCAAGUUUCUGGAGGAGCAGAACUCCAUCCUGGACUCUGAAAUCCUUCAUCUUACUCUGCAGUGUGAGGAGGCUAAACCAUGGAUUCAGCACUUCCACGAGGUCACCACUGACCUCCAGGGACUGAAACAAGCCAAUUCUGAACUCAUGGAAAAACGGGACCACCUUAAAAAGGAGCAGGAACAAGUCUCCAAAAGAAAACAAGAGUAUCUCCAAGCAAAAACACAUUCCCUUCAUCUGGAAAAGCAAAAGGAAAACAUUUCUAAAGAAGUCAAAGACCUCCAGGAGAACCUUAAAAAAGAGCAAGGACAAGUCUUCCACUUGGAAAAACAACAUUUCAAAGGAAAAUCUGAGGCUCUGAAAUGGGAAAAGGAAAAGACAAAUAUCAUCAAAGAAAUGGAAGAAAUUCAGGAGAAACGGAAAAACCUGGCUGAAGGAAAAGACAAAUUGGCUGCAAUAAAAGCCAAUCAGAGAACCGCCAUCGACGAAAAGAAAGCGCUCACCUCCAAGCUAACGGCCCAAAGAGUGGCGCUCUACAAAGAAAAGGCAGGCUUCCGUGGAGACAAUGGCUUUUCUGCUGACCUUCUGGAACAGAAGUGCAAAGAGGAAACUGAUCGCCUCCAGGCUCAGCAAGAACAAAAUGCUGUUCUACAAGAAGUGCUUUUGGAGAUCCAGAAAAAAGUUGAGAAAGACUCUGAAAUGACUCUCCAGUUCUCCUCUCUGAAAGAUGAAAAAAAGGCUCUGGAGAGAGAAGUCAACAGCCUCAAGCAAGCGAUCAUGAUGCUGUCUCAGGAAUAUAAGGACUUCAGGCAGAAGGCUGAACACUUAGCUAGGAUAGACAAAGCCUCAAAGUACGCAGAACAACCACCCAACGCUGUUUUGAGGCCCCCAAGAGCUCCAGCCAGAGCUGCCGUUCCUGUGUUGGAGGAACCUCCUGCCAUGACAGAAAACACCAACAGGUUCCACCAACAAAGAGCUGCACUCAGAAACCAUCAGGGUGCCGUACCAAAGAGGGUUCCAGGAACCCGGAGGGUCUAGGACAUUCAAGAAGGCUAAUUAUGGGGUGGCAGUGGCUCAGGCUCAGGGACGGCGGCUCGAUCCCUGCUACCCCAGUCAUCCGCCCUAGUAACCUUGGGCAAGACACUUCACCCUCCCUGCCUCCAGUGUGGAACCGCUGUUGUGUGUGUGUAUGAAUGUCCCGGUGAUGGUCAGGGGGGGCCGUUGGCGCGAAUUGGCAGCCACACCUCUGUCAGUCUGCCCCAGGAAAGCUGUGGCCCCAUCAGUAGAUACCAUCACCAAGAGUGAAUGAAUAAUGGACACAUUGUAAGCACUUUCAGCGUCUGGAAAAGUGCAAAUUAAUAUAGUCCAUUAUUAUUAUAAUUAUAAUUUAGGCCGUCCUGAUUUAAAAAAAAAUACAAAAAUUUUUUGUCUUUGAAUUAUUUUCUUGAUUAACAUUCUAACUGCUGACUGCUAAUAGCCGAUUGUGGGGCGUGAACUGAUUGAAAAAGACGUAAAUAAAUUCCAGUUCAGCGUGUGAGCUUAAUGUAAAUUUGACAUAAAGUAAAGAAAAAUUGUUUUAAUAAAUAUAGUGUGUAUAUGUGUGUGAGUGGGAAUAUCUCACGUUCUGAGAAUUCCAACCUAAAGCGGUUGUGGCUCAACACCUGAUCAGUGGAGGUCCUAGACCAUAUUUAUGCACCCCACUGCCUGCUGCCCCCGCGACCCCGUCCCACAUGAGUGGAAGAAGAUGGAUGAAUGGAUGGAUAGUUAGUUGUCUGGAAGUGUUUUUUUUCUCUGCACAAAUCUCUAUGUGAAUAAAUUGUUUGUGCAUGGGGUUCUCUCCUGGUGCUCCGGCUUUCCCUAGGUUCUAAAAAAGACUUUUUUUGUGAAUUAGAUUUUUACAGACUGUUAAAGCCAUAUGGUCCUUGAAGUCAGUGACUGUGGGCCAUGAUAACAAAAAUAAUAAUUA